CAUUCAGCCUCACACAGCUCAUCUCACUUCAGUCCUCAGCGAGAGGUGCGAGACUAAACUGUGAGAGUGUUUUAUAUUGACUAACAAACAAAACAAAACAAAAACAACUGAAAGUGAACCGGUACGGGAGCCUCCAUGGUCAAAAGCUAGUUUGAGAAGUCUCAUGCAUAGUCGUACUUUCUUUAAUUACGAGUAUUUUAUCAUUUAUCUUACUUUAGAGCUUUUGCGCCUCCGUUUUGUUUCUGUACCGGCCACGGCCACGCGGACUGUACCUGUGGGAUGGCUCGUGCUGGGAGAUGAGCAGCGCGUGGUGUUGGGGUGCUCGGGGCGCGAGAGGAGGUGUGCACGCUGAGGCCACACGGUGAGUGAGGGCUCAGACUGCCUCAUGAGUCGGGCCUCCUCUGUGAUCUGGUCCCCUCCGACCCCCAUCCUCCCAGCAUCAGUGGGAUGUCCCAGGUGUGUCUCCUCUUGGCCCUGCUUAUGCUCUGUAGCUGCACAAAGGGCUCCUUUGCCAACUCCCUGGAGCUUGUGAAGGAGCACUGGAGCAGCUACAAAAACCAGUGUCUGGAUAACAUCAACACCACGCCCCCCGCCACAGGGCUGGUGUGUAACAGGACCUUUGACUUGUAUGCCUGCUGGCCUGAUGGACUCCCAGGAACCACAGUCAAUGUCUCCUGCCCAUGGUUCCUGCCAUGGUACCGUAAAGUUCAGCAGGGUCUGAUCUACAGAGUCUGCAAUGAAGAUGGCCAAUGGGCUCGAAAGAAUACCAGCGAAUGUGAGGACGACCCUGGUGAGCAGCAGUACGGCCGCAUCCUCAGUCAGUUACGCAUCAUGUACACAGUGGGCUACUCGCUCUCCCUGGGGGCUCUUCUACUGGCCCUGGCCAUCCUCAUCACUUUCAGGAAGCUCCACUGUAUGAGAAACAACAUCCACAUGAACCUGUUCGCCUCGUUCAUCCUGAGAGCCGUGUCCAUCCUGGUCAAAGACGCCCUGCUGACCCUCACACUGGACCCCACUGCCAGCGGUGACACCCGGACACAAACUCUGGUGAACAUACCGGCUGUGACAUGGUGUCGAGGUGCCAUGGUGAUGAUGCAGUACAGCGUGAUGGCCAACAACUACUGGCUGCUGGUGGAGGGCAUCUACCUGCACAGCCUGCUGGUCAUCACCGUGUUCAGCGAGAGGAAGUACUUCUACAUUUACCUCGCCAUUGGCUGGGGUGCACCACUCAUAUUCGUGCUGCCGUGGAUCACAGUGAAAUAUCUGUAUGAGAAUGAAGAGUGCUGGGAGAGGAACAUUAACAUGGGAUACUGGUGGAUCAUUCGUUCUCCCAUACUGUUUGCUUAUCUGAUAAACUUCUUCAUUUUCAUCCGGAUUAUCAAAAUCCUCAUGUCUAAACUCAGAGCUCAUCAGAUGAGAUACACUGACUACAAGUUCAGAUUAGCAAAGUCCACUCUGACCCUCAUCCCUCUGCUCGGGAUUCAUGCCAUCCUCUUCACCUUCGUCAUUGACGAGUCCGUCCCCAAAGGCUCCAUGCUGCGGCUCAUUCGUCUCUUCUGUGACCUGCUGUUCAACUCCUUCCAGGGCCUGCUGGUUGCCAUCCUGUACUGCUUUGUCAACAAAGAGGUGCAGUCGGAGAUGCUGAAAAGGUGGAAAAGGUGGAAGCUGGGUAAGGACAUUGAUGAGGAGUACCGCCACACUCACAGCCACACGCCGCACGCCAAGAGCGGCAGUAUCGCCACUGCCAAUCUAGCGGAUCUCCAUGACAACAAUGGCAGCGAGCCCAGCGGUGACUCACCUCGCCUCCACAAAGCAGAGCGAGGUCCGCCCUGCUCCGCCGCGCCCGAGGAGAACCGGCGGCUAGUCGUCUCCUUUAGCAACGGGACAGGGAAAGGAGGACUCAGGAAGAGCAGACACACCCUGCAGUUCUGUUUCCUGCCACACAGAGGUGCCACCACUCAUAUCAGCACUGCAACGGAGGACAUGUGUCUCGAAGAGAGAACACAGUGCUGCAGAAACCCUUUGAACAAAGAGGAGACUAAUGUGUAAGGACAAGCUGAUCGGAUAACUGUUUGUUCUAACUCUAGGUCAGAUCAGUGAUUAUUGUGGGCCAAAAAGACGAAGAAUACUGAAAUAAUCCACACGAACGAGGACAUUCACCUCUGCAUCAUGUUGAAGGAAAUAAUGUUUUAACCCACAGAGCUGCAAAUGAUUAUUUAUUGGUUUUAGGACCUUGAGCAUGUUUGGUUUCCAAAAUGAUGAUAUAAGUAUAAAUGAAAUUCAGUGUGAGUGUAUGUGAGUAUCUGUAUCUUUGUGUGUGUCUGGGCAUGAGGAGGACUAUACCAAUCGGACAAAGACUUGCUCACAUCUUUUUAUCUGUUAUGCUCGUGCCAUUGUGAGUCUUGAGUGUACUGUGGGUCUGUAUCCUACGACCUACAAGGGCAAACGCGCUGCCACAACCUGAAGAUAUCCAUUAAAAAAUAUAGGACAAAAAAAUAAGUAGAAAAAUCAAAUGUGACACAACAGAAAUUGGCUGCAAUUUAAAAAAAAAAUGCAACAAACAGGCUACUAAAAAAGAAGUAGCUGAAAAUACACAAACAAUGCUGAUAACAAAAGCGCACAAACCCAGAAAACAAAUUGCAAAAAAGAUAUUCCAUGAUUACAUUUUUGAGUCCUCCAGGCCUAUAGGGGGAGCUAAGUGGAGCAGUAGAGGUAUAUGAUGAAUUUACAGAUCACAAGAUGACAAAUAUAUAACUCAUAUAAUUUUAACAUCAUGUUGGAUCAAGAAUGGGUUUCUAAUGUAUAGAUACAUUUGCAAAGGACACAAUUGUUUAGAGAAGCUGUUGUUAGCUAGUUAGCGUACUUAGUCAUUUGUUUUCAGGGAUUGUGUGUUUUUGAUGUAGCAUUUUGUAUCCUUAUUUAUAUAUAUGCAGCAAGUUGCUGUUUAUGUUUUGCCGCACAUUUGUCUAAUUUGACUUUUAUAUGUCUGUGAAUUUGCAGCCUGCUUCUUCUAAUGAAAAGUGUUUGGGCUUGUUAGAGCACAUUUGCCCUUGUGGGUCUCCGUAGUUUGCUUCAAUAGGCUCUAAUUUCAUGUCCACUCUCAAAAAAGGGGGUAAAGACUUUUCCUUUUAGGUUUUAUAAUGGUGACUUUGGACUGUCUCGAUAGCUAUGUCCCAAUUCAGGGGUUGCAUCCUUCGGAGGGCGCACUUGAGAACCAAUUACUUCACAGCAGCACGUCAAAGGCUAAUCGAUUUUGAAUCCCAAUGAGCUGGCAAUCUGUGAACCAGCAAAGUAAUAAACUUCUAAAUGUAAGUUACUGGUUUCAACUCAAUCGAAUAGCUGCUAAUGUUAGAAAGAGGGACUUGGAAACUUUGCACUGUCAUUUACGUAAUAGGUUAAGUUACAUGAUGUUAGUUACGUUAACCAGUCCUGGUGCAGCUGUUGAGAUUGCUGGCCACAGGGGCAGCACUUAGAAAUUAAUAGUUAAGGGCGGGUACAGCUGUUUAUGCAAACGUGGAAUUCUCCUGACCGUCUCACUUCAAGCUGAGCAGUCGACAUACCCUACGAAGGCAGAGUCCUUCGAAGGAUGUUAUCCUUGAAACAGACAGAGCUUAUUAAUGUCAAAUCCACAGACAAUUGAUGUUUUAUUCCUCAGAGCAAAUCUAAAACUAAGUUAUUCGAGUUUUUAUUGACUAAAGCCAAACAACCAUACAAGAAAACAGUGGUAUACCAUGGCAGUUUUGACAUUAAUUGCAUUAAUCAGGCAUUAAAUCCAUACUUCUAUGCACUCUAACCAUUCGUCAGUAGAUGUGACGAUUAACUGACUGAAUUAUUUAGAAAAUGAAAAUAUGUGGGUGAAAGUACGUGUUUAUGUAUAUGAUUGGAAAUACUAACAGAUUUAUCCAGUGAGGCGACAUUUUAAUUAAAGACGUGAUUUGUGUUAAUGGAGAUUCAG